AUGCACAUGACUUUCCUGUUGGAGUUCACAAGGGAGCACCUGGAGACAAUGCUCAACGCUUUUCUUUUGCAGUCUGAUAUUUAUACGCCCAAAAUCUUUGCAGCGCAGCAAAACUCUGCAGUCUCACAGCAGAAGACAUCUUCCAUAAACCAGCAACUGUCUCCAGCGCAGCAAAACUCUGCAGUCUCACAGCAGAAGACGUCUUCCAUAAACCAGCAACUGUCUCCAGCACACGCAGUUCUGAGACGGGAGGCAGAAGUUAAACUUGAUGGUGCCGGGCUGAUCGAGAUGAUUGACACCUAUGACCGGCCUGAAAAAACGUUUACUGCUGGAACCUACUCAGGUGCCGGGGUAUAUGCUGAUGGAUUCGAGGAUAAACCAGGAAAGCGUCUUCCCAAGGCGGGAGUGUAUGCCGGUGCUGGAGUGGGCCUCUUUCGUGCCCAACAGAGCAUUUUUGAGGUGGAGGCCAAAGGGCCCAACGCCAGCGCAGGAGCUGGAGUCUCUUUGACGCGAGGAGCUAAAGCCUUCGCCAAAGCAGAAGUGGCCAGUGCUUCCUACGCUGCUGGUCCGCUGAAAGCAAAGGUCGGCCUGGCAGUAGACACCGGCGCCAGCAUCGGUCCAACAGGUGUUGAGAUGCAGUUUCUGGGAACAGGCGUCACCAUUGGUCCAAGAAUGGCCUUUAAUGUACUUGGAAAUGGAUUUGAAUUUAAUCUGUGGUAG